CCCCCGACACAGAGUUAUUCCGCUUUACCAGAAUCGCAAUGAUCCUGACGGGCAUCUGGAAACUAGGGACGCCUCAGCAGUCUAAGGCCUUUCCAGUUGUAUAUCAGGCCUAUUCGAUACUGGCACAUGUGAUAUAUGUCUCCAUUCCUUUGUUUUUAACCAUGAACUUUCCGCGACUUUUGAAAACCGACGCAGGCAAAGGCUUCGAGACUCUUUCGAAAAUACUUUACUGCGUAUCGAUGGUGAUUAAAUUAUUCGCGUACCAAUCUCGGUCUUCGACAAGUUUACUCGCGCAGGCUAUUAGAGACGAGGUGGAUUUACUCCAGAACGGCGACGACUCUGUUAUGAAAAUCCACGAGAAACACGUAUUUUUUUGCAACUUGCUCAACAAAUUCUUCUGGUUGAGCACCGCAGGCGCAGCGUCUUUGCUCUGCGAAAUAGGACUAGUGGGUAGUUACAGAGUUCAUCGAAUGAAUAAAAAGUUCAACGCGACGUUGAAUAAGUCCCUGCCGCUGCCGUUCUGGUAUCCCUUUGACGAAAAUAAGUAUCACCGCUGGGUUCUGUUGGAGCAGUUCCUUGUAAUAUUAUGGGUUGGAUUUCCCGUGGCGACGGUGCAAAUGUUCAGCAAUUCGGUGAUGAUUUAUAUGAGAGGACAGCUGAAAAUAUUACAGAGUUAUUUUAGUAACUACAACGAGAAUAUUACCUACGUUGGCGAUAAUCUGAAAACACUGAAGGGGCUCUGCGUUAAGCAUCAACAUUUAAUUAGGUAUAUAAACACCGUGAAUAGUGUCUUUAGGAGUAUAGUAUUUGUUGAGUAUAGCAUCUCGUCGAUAAUGCUGGCCACGGCACUUUUUCAAGUGCUUGCGGGUCACAAUGUAACCUACAACAUAACUCAUAUAUUUGUAAUAAUCAGUCAGCUCUUACUUCUAGCAUGGUCAACGGAUGAAAUUGUUUCUCAGAGUGUCGAAUUAGCUUCGGCACUUUAUAGUAGCAAAUGGUACGAAUGCGAGAGGGAGUCUAGGAUUCUCAUUAUAUUCAUGCUGAUAAGAUGUCAGAAACCUUUAAGUAUUGAUAUUGGUUCGUUUGGGCCUAUGACACUUCGAUCAGCAAUGUCCCGUUUGAAGCUAACAUAUUCGUAUACAUCCGUUAUGACAUCGUGAUUGUAGAGAUUGGGGUAAUUAUUAUCGUAUUUGAAUAAAAAGAAUUGUCAAAAAGGACUGUUUCAUUUUCAAAAUUGCAAACUUUUGUUUUUGAAAAUAAUUCCAUUUUUUUACUUUUCUUAAAGGUUCGGUUCGCGUGGCCCUAACUUAAAAAUAUUUAGUCAAUUUCCUUUAAAAUUAGUGAGCAUCCAAUUAGUUUUGAUGAACGAAAUGUACAGUCGGUUUCACAAAUCCGUUGGAUUUAAUUAACUAUCCAGAAGAUAUAUUUAGAUUUAAGAUAUAUACCUAAUUAGUUUUAAUUAUAUACAAUUAAUAGUUAAUUCCUUUCAUUGUAUUAUUACCUCCCCGCAAAUUGCUACUAGGCCAUGCCUAUAUUGAUAUUCAAUAUUCCACAUUGAAAUCUCGCGUUCAAAUAAAUAACGCUUGUCAUUUCAACAUGGCCGAUGACAGUUCGUCAAGUCCCCAGGUUUCAGUUUAGAGGUAGCAUUUUUAAGGCAGUAUUUUCCCAAAAUAAGCCCAGAUCUCGUUAAAUGAUCUGGUGUGGAGGUUAUAGCUAUUAGAUAAAAUAGUGGCCCUACUACGGUAAAAACUGAUACGCCGCAGGCGGCAUUGAUAUUUUCGUAGAGAAGGAAACGAUUUUCCGAACAUGCCUCUACAUUUCAUCCGCUAACUUGUACUUUGAGCCAUUUCUACCUUCUUAAUUUUUUGUUGUUGUUGCUUCAUAAGUUCCUGUAUUGUCAGCAUAGGCAGGGAGCCUAUAUCUCUAAUAGCUAUAUGAUGGAGAUCGCUGCUUAGAAUAAAAACGACGCAAAGCGUAGGCUCGGAUGUGAAAUUUAGGGGCGUGCGCUCUGAGUUCCAUCAAAUUUUACAAUGAUUUGCCCACUAUAUUAUUUAAUAAUAUAUGCUCACCACUUAUACUAGCUUAUUUUCCCUUAAAUUUGGUUUUGACUGACCCUUUUUACAUCUCAAAUCAUCAUGAUGUUUGGACUGCAAAUGUCUGAGUGCCGUUAGUUUACCAUAAAUUGCUACAAUAGGUAUUUGGGUAUAAGUAACGGGUUAGGGAUUUAGUAUUAUUGGGCUAAUGGGUACUGGUCCUUUUUUUCGUUUUCCUAUUGACAGAGUAGACAUUAUCAGAACUUUAAACUCACUUGGUUACACGUUUAACCAUUUAUUGCCACCUUUCUUGACGUAGGACGGAGCUUAGUUUGCUGUUAGAUUACUGCAUGACCUCAUUUGGUCUAGUCCAGCCUAUUGGUGAACUCUAUACCUGGGUAUCCUCAUUUCGUAUUUAUAGAUAGCCGCAAU